GCGGGGAAGCGCGCCCGUCCUCCAAUCAGGAUCCAGUCGGCCUCGGCCCGCUUCUCAGGGGGCGCCGAGCGUCCGAGGAAGGCGGGACGAGCCGGCGGCGGCGGCCUAUGUGGAGCAGGGAUCAGAGAGUUAGAGCUCUGUGGGCUGAGUACGUGCCUUGUUGAAUCCCGGUUGUCCCAGCACUGCUAGGAGUCGCCUCAAGCUUGGCCAGAUUCCGGGCCUGUGCCAUGCCGGGAAGUGGCCACCCGCUCUAUCUCUUCCUCUGCGUCUGGUCCGCGGUGGCCCUGGGAGUCAGCGCUGAGGAGCACUGCCCGGCCAGGCAGCACGAGGACCAGUCUUAUGUGGCAGCCGUGUACGAGCACCAUUCCAUCCUCAGCCCCGACCCCCUGGCCCUCGUCAGCCGCACGCAGGCGCUGGAGGUGAUGAACCGGAACCUGGACGUCUAUGAAGAGCAAGUGAUGUUAGCAGCCCAGCAGGCUGCACAGAUCAUAGUGUUUCCUGAAGAUGGCAUUCAUGGGUUCAACUUCACGAGGACAUCUAUUUACCCGUUCCUGGAUUUCAUGCCGGACCCCCAGUUGGUUCAGUGGAGCCCAUGUCUGGAGCCCCACCGGUUCAAUGACACCGAGGUCCUUCAGCGUCUUAGUUGUAUGGCCAUCAAAGGGGAUAUGUUCCUGGUGGCCAAUCUUGGGACCAAGCAGCCUUGUCACAGCAGUGACCCCGGCUGUCCCAGCGACGGAAGGUACCAGUUCAACACCAACGUGGUGUUCAGCAGCAAUGGCAGCCUGGUGGCCCGCUACCGCAAACACAACCUCUAUUUUGAGGCGGCCUUUGAUAGCCCAGCCCAGGCGGACCACACUGUCUUUGACACGCCCUUUGCCGGCAGGUUCGGCAUCUUCACUUGCUUCGACAUCCUGUUUCUGGAGCCAGCCGUCAGGCUGCUGGUGCAGGACGCGGCCGUGCGGCACGUCGUGUACCCCACGGCCUGGAUGAACCAGCUCCCACUCCUAGCCGCCAUCCAGAUCCAGAGUGCCUUCGCCGUGGCCUUCGGCAUCAACCUGCUGGCCGCCAACAUCCACCACCCGACCCUGGGCAUGACGGGCAGCGGCAUCCACACGCCCCUCAAGUCCUUUUGGCACCACGACACGGAGGGCUCCCACGGUCGGCUACUUGUGGCCCCGAUCGCCAGGAACCCCCCGGGGCUCCCAGGAAUCAAGAAUGACCCUGGGGAAGGGGACCCAGCGCAUAGGAAGUUUUUGAAGGUCUUGGCCGGCGGUCCUCCCUGUGACCAGGCUGUUCGGGAGGACUCCUGCGACCCCAGCUGGCAGGCCAAGGCUCCCCUCGUGUUUCAUGCCGAGAUGAUGUACGACAACUUCACGCUGGUCCCAGUGUGGGGCAUGGAAGGCUCCGUCCAGGUCUGCGCCGGCAGCCUCUGCUGUUACUUGCGGUACCAGAGGCCCACGCUGACCCAAGAGCUGUACGCUCUGGGGGUCUUUGAGGGGCUGCACACGGUGCACGGCACUUACUACCUGCAGGUCUGCGCCCUGGUCAAGUGUGGGGGGCUCGGCUUUGACAGCUGCGGGCAGGAGGUCACGGAGGCAGAGGGGCUGUUUGAGUUUUACUUGUGGGGGAACUUCAGUUCUUCCUAUAUCUUCCCCCUGUUUCUCACGUCCGGGAUGACCCUGGAAAGGCCUGACCAGCUCGGUUGGGAGGAGGAGCACUACUUCCUGAGGAAGAAGAGCCUGACCUCCGGCCUGGUGACGGCAGCUCUCUACGGGCGGUUAUAUGAAAGGGACUAGGGACAGGGUAGGUGCCCAGACACCCACCCGCCCAGGAGCCUGUCCUGGGAGCUGUGGGGAGAAGCAGCGGAUGAGGACCCUCCCCCCACACACACAUAUACCACCCCCAGCAUCUCACCAAAAUACGCGCUUGCUAAAUUUUCCACUCAUAUCAGUUUUUUUUCAAACCACAUCUUCCUCUAGAAAAAAUUUUUUAGGAGAUGGUUGAUUUUAAGAAAUAAAAAUAAAUCGGCUUCUAUUUUA